CUCGAGGGCCAUGGCGGUCAGGUGAGGUCGGUGGUAUUCUCGGCGGACGGCCAGCGUCUCGCGUCGGGCUCGGCCGAUAGGACAGUUAAGAUCUGGGACGUGGCGACGGGUGCGUGCGUGCAGACGCUCAAGGGCCAUGGCAAUGAGGUGAGGUCGGUGGUGUUCUCGGCAGACGGCCAGUAUCUCGCGUCGGGCUCGGAGGAUAGGACAGUUAAGAUCUGGGACGCGGCUAUGGGUGCAUACAUACAGACGCUCGAGGGCCAUGGCGAUCAGGUGGAGUCGGUGGUAUUCUCAGCGGACGGCCAGCGUCUCACGUCAGGCUCGGGGGAUGGGACUGUUAAGAUCUGGGAUGCGGCGACGGGCGCGUGCAUACAGACGCUCGAGGACUAUAGCGAUCCUAUGUUCUCGGCGGACGGCCAGUAUUUCGCGUCAGGCUCAUACGACAACACAAUCAAGAUCUGGGACGCGGCUACGGGUGCAUACAUACAGACGCUCGAGGGCCAUGGCGGUUCAGUGUGGUCAGUGGUAUUCUCGGCAGACGGCCAGCGUCUCGCGUCGGGCUCGGCCGAUAGGACAGUUAAGAUCUGGGACGUGGCGACGGGUGCGUACGUACAGACGCUCAAGGGCCAUGGCGGUCGGGUGAACUCGGUGGUGUUCUCGGCAGACGGCCAGUAUCUCGCGUCGGGCUCGGCCGAUAGGACAGUUAAGAUCUGGGACGUGGCGACGGGCACGUGCAUACAGACGCUCAAGGGCCAUGGCGAUCAGGUGAACUCGGUGGUGUUCUCGGCAGACGGCCAGCGUCUCGCGUCAGGCUCGUGGGAUGGGACUACAAUCAAGAUCUGGGACGCGGCUACGGGCGCAUACAUACAGACGCUCGAGGGCCAUGGCGGUCAGGUGAGGUCGGUGGUAUUCUCGGCAGACGGCCAGUGUCUCGCGUCGGGCUCAAAAGACGAGACAAUCAAGAUCUGGGACGCGGCGACGGGCGCGUGCUUACAGACGCUCGAGGGCCAUGGCGGUCAGGUGAGGUCGGUGGUAUUCUCGGCGGACGGCCAGCGUCUCGCGUCGGGCUCAGAAGACGAGACAAUUAAGAUCUGGGACGCGGCGACGGGCGCAUGCGUACAGACGCUCGAGGGCCAUGGCGAUCGGGUGACGUCGGUGGUAUUCUCGGCGGACGGCCAGCGUCUCGCGUCGGGCUCGGCCGAUAAGACGGUUAAGAUCUGGGACGCAGCGACGGGCGCGUGCUUACAGACG